AUGGGUAAGGUUAGAUUAUCAAAGAAUCAAUUACGAAGGGAGAAGGCUAAGAAGAGGAAGCUAGAAGAAACAACCACUGACGCAAAUGAGAAACCUGUAUCCCCUCCUGAACCCGAGAAAAAACCGUCUACUGAGAUCGUGAAGCCAACUAAUGAUAAUGAUAAUGAUAACAAAACUGAAAAAGAACAAGAGAAAGAAAGACUUUUGAAAGACCUUUAUGACCCUAACAGUCCAGCUUUCCAACAAUUCCAAGGAAUCUUGAGUAAAUUCGGAGGAAAACGUAUAGAAAAGGCUAAAUCACCCUCACCAGCAAAACAACAGUUAAUUAAAAAAGAAGUGGUAGAAUCAUCCGAUGAAUAUGAAUCAGACGAAGAGACGGUAUCGAAACGACAAUUAAGAAGACAAACUAAAGUACCUAUUUCCACCCUUAAAGCUAUAGCACGAAACCCACAACUUGUAGAAUUAUCAGAUAUCGAUGCUAAUGAUCCAUUUAUUCUCCUUUCCAUCAAGCAGAAUUUGAACGUGGUGCCGGUGCCGAGUCAUUGGUCAUCAAAGAGAGACUACCUAAGCAGUAAACGAGGGAUUGAAAAAGCUCCCUUCGAAUUGCCGUCAUAUAUUCUUGAAACAGGUAUUCAAGAUAUGAGAAAUAGUGAUCUGUCCUUAAGGCAACAACAGAGAGACAGGACCCAGCCUAAAUUGGGGAAGUUGGAUAUAGAUUUCCAGAAACUUCAUGAUGCUUUCUUCAAAUACCAGACCCGACCCAAAUUAUUGGCAUUUGGUGAUGUUUACUAUGAGGGUCGAGAAACCACUGAUGAGAGUGAUGAUAAGCUUGGGGAUAUAAAACCUGGUAGACUUUCUAGAGAACUUCUAGUAGCGUUAGGGUUACCCGAAAAUGGAAAAACUGUACCUCCUUGGAUUUCUACUAUGAAUCAAUUGGGUAAACCUCCAAGUUAUAAUAAUUUGAUUAUUCCUGGGAUCGAUAUAACAUAUGCAAAUGCUGGAUAUUUGAAAGAAGAUGAAGAAAUAGUCAUAGGAGGCGAAGAAACGCAUUGGGGAGAGAUAGAACGAGAAGAAAGCGAAGAAGAAGACAGCGACGACGAAGAAAGUGAAGAAGAAAUACGUGAAUUGGAAGACCCCGAUGAACCUAUAGUUCCUUAUGAUAAUGAACUGUCGGAUGAAGACAAGCCUGAAGAGAAGGUCAACAUCAAACCAAGUCUGAAUGAAGAUAAGAAACUUUACACUGUUAUCAAGGAUAAAGAUGCUACAGUAGGUGACGGGUUACUUUCUACCGAUAAGGUAUAUGAUUUAGGGAAAGAUAACUCAGAGCCCACAUCAGAGUCCCAUCCACAACCAAAAGAAUCAGAGGAACAAGAACAAGAACAAGAACAACCGAAAUUUAAAUUUUAA